AGCAAAGGACGAGCAUUUAUAUAUUAAAAAAAUAUAUAAAAAGAAAUAAAGAAUUACAGAAAGUAGACUGCGUAUCAGGAGGAAAUGGAAAAAGAAAAUAAAAUAGUUACUUGCAAUAUGGUUAAGCAGCAGCCACCAUAGCUUAAGACAAGCAAACCCUUUUCAAGCAUAAUCAUGGCUACGUAGACUCCCAAGCUUAAGACAGCAAAACCGAGAUUUUUUACAUUUCCAUUUCUCCAAAGCUUAUCUAUUACCUUUUUUUCAGAUAUUGUCAGGGUUGACAUAAAACUUUUUAUCGAUCUCUCUCUCUCUCUCUCUCUCUCUCUCUCUAUACUUUUCUUGAAAUUUAGGGUUUUGAUUCAAGAAACCAUUUUGAGGAAGAAAGAGGAAGCUUUGGAGAGGGGAGAAGUUGAGGUUGAUGUGAAAGAUGAGUUGAUUAUUUCGAGUCUUUGAAUACUGGAGAGUGUCUGGCAGAGUGAAAAUAAUAGUGUUUCGAGUCUUUGACAGUGUUUAAUUAUUGAAAUCAUGGCUGUGGUGAGUCCUGCUCCUGAAAUUACGCAACAGGUGAUUCCGAUAAACCUUCCUGGAUAUAGAGUUCCAGGAAACAUGGCGGCCACCAGGAAGAAAGUGAAGGAGCCGGUGGCGCCGGUAAUUAAAGAGAAGAUAUACGUAGCAGUGGGGAAAAAUUUGAGGGAAAACAAAUCGCUUCUUACAUGGGCAUUACAGAGAUCAGAAGGGAAGAAGAUUUGCAUCCUUCAUGUUCACCAACCCGCACAGAUGAUUCCGACGUUAAUGGGUCCAAAAUUUCACGCAAGCACACUUGAAGAAGGGGAAGUCAAGGCUUACCGGGAAUUUGAAAGGCAAGACAUGCAUAAAAUACUAUACGAAUACCAUCUUCUUUGUUGGCGAAUGGGGGUGGAGACUGAGAAACUGCAUAUUGAAACGGAUCUGAGUAUUGAGAAGGGAAUUUUGGAACUUAUCUCCGAGCUUGGUAUCAGGAAGCUUGUUAUGGGAGCAGCGGCAGACAAGCGCUAUUCAAAGAAUAUGAACAUCAAGUCUAAGAAGGCCAUCUCGGUGCUCCGGCAAGCACCUGCUUAUUGUCACAUAUGGUUUAUUUGCAAGCAGCACCUUAUUUACACAAAGGAAGGUACUUGGGAUGCAAAUGGUGCAGAACUCAGAUCAUCCCCACAACAAGUCAGCCCAAACACUGAAACUGAACAAUCAAAUCAUUUGACGUCAAAGUCUAAUAUUCUAGAGCGGAAAAAUCUAUCAAAUCCAGCUCUGGAGAGCCAAAUUGCAGAUGCUGAUCUGAUGGUAAAGGAGUUGGAGCAAAAAAUAACCUCUUCUGAGGAACUGCUGCAAAAUUACAAGAAAGAACGAGAUGAAUUGCAGAUUGAGCGCGACAAUUCACUCAAAGAAGCAGAGGAGCUGAGGCACAUUCCACAGUUCUCUGAGUUCUCUUUCUCAGAGAUUGAAGAAGCAACGCAGAACUUUAAUCCAUCACUCAAGAUUGGGGAAGGGGGAUAUGGUAACAUUUAUAAAGGUCUGUUAGGUCACCGCCAAGUGGCUAUAAAGGUGCUGAGCUCUCAUAGCUCUCAAGGACCUGCAGAAUAUCAACAGGAGGUUGGUGUUUUGAGCAAGAUGAGGCAUCGAAAUCUUAUCACUCUUAUUGGGGCUUGUCCAGAAACUUGGACUCUUAUCUAUGAGUAUCUUCCCAAUGGAAGCCUCGAAGACCGACUGAACUGCAGGGAUAAUUCUCCUCCUUUGUCUUGGCAAACUCGAAUACGCAUCGCCACUGAGUUAUGCUCUGUCCUUAUCUUUCUUCACUCCAGUAAACCCCACUGCAUAGUGCACGCCGAUCUAAAACCUGCUAACAUACUACUUGAUGCCAAUUUUGUGAGUAAACUAAGUGACUUUGGAAUCAGUCAUCAACUUUCUCAAAAUGAAGGCUCAAGCAUAUGUUGGAGAACUGUCCCCAAAGGCACUAUCCCAUACAUGGAUCCCGAGUUUCUUACCUCAGGAGAGCUUACUCCAAAAUCAGAUGUUUAUUCAUUUGGGAUUAUAUUGCUAAGGUUGUUGACUGGAAGACCGGCAUUUGGGAUAACAAAGGAGGUGCAGUAUGCAUUAGAUAAAGGAAACUUGAAAAUCCUCUUGGAUCCUUUGGCUGGAGACUGGCCAUUUGUGCAAGCAGAACAGUUGGCCCACUUGGCACUGAGGUGUUGUGAUAUGAAUCGAAAGAGCCGGCCAGAUCUUGCAUCAGAAGUAGGAAGGGUACUUGAAUCAAUGAGAGCUUCAUGUGGAGGGUCAUCAUGCUUCCGCGGCGGUUCAGAAGAGCGCUGCCAACCUCCUCAAUAUUUUAUAUGCCCAAUUUUCCAGGAAGUGAUGCAAGAUCCACAUAUAGCAGCUGAUGGUUAUACUUACGAAGCAGAGGCUAUAAGAGGAUGGCUGGACAGUGGACAUGACACUUCGCCCAUGACCCACCAUAAGCUUGCACACUACAAUCUCGUGCCCAACAAAGCACUUCGAUCGGCAAUCCAGGAAUGGCUGCAGCACUAGUCAAUUGGUGAUAAUUUCUCUUUUAGUUUGGCACAUCGUUUAUAUGUAUAUCUCUAUAUAUGACCAAAAGAAACGUCCUUACUUUUUGUUCUCCUUGUUAUAUAUUGUGGGAUCCUAGGCGAUGGUACAGUCCUUUUCCCAGCCUUUUUCUUUCCUAUGAUUAUAGAAUGAUUAUAAGAGAUUUGUUUAGUAUAACCAUAAUAAUUAGUAUGAUUAUAGGAGAUUAAUUUAAUAUAAUUACAGUAAUUAUUAUUCUUGUCAAAA